AUGCCCCCAAUUAAGAUGGAGGGCAUCAAGGCUGAGCACUUGGAGGGCAACCUGAACAGCUUGCCCAUGACACCCGACACCAUGCUGCAGCAUUCUGUUCGAGGAUCUGCUGCUUCUCCUUGCAUCACAGCUCCGUCGUCGGCGACCACUCUUCCAGCCGACACGCCGCUCCGUCCAAUCAAGGCUGAGCCAACUUCUGCUUCGGUCAAGCAAGAGAUCAAGCAAGAGGAAUUCCAUGCCGCCAUGGACUCCAGUGUUCCAGCUCGCGAUGCUUCGACCUCGGCGUCGGACUCAGUGCCCGCCUCGGCCCAAGAACCUGAGGAGACGAGGCCUCAGGAACAUGAGCCAGACCUUCUCGAGCAGUGGACCAAAGAGACAUCGUCCGAGGUCCUAGAGGAAGGCGUCAAGAUUGGCAUGGAGCUUCUUGAAAGCCUCAAGGUCCCACUCGGUCUCACGGCCUCUCUUCCAGAGACCGAAAGCUUGACGUGGCUGAAAGCCAUCAAUCACAUUCAGGCCCGUUCUCGGCCACCCAAGACUAUUGUCGGCGUCGUUGGCAACACCGGAGCCGGCAAAAGCUCUGUCAUCAACGCCUUGCUCGACGAAGAGCGACUUCUUCCGACCAAUUGUCUGCGAGCUUGUACUGCUUCUCCGACUGAGAUUUCCUACAACUACUCCCAGGACCCCGAGGAGCUGUACUGCUCCGAAAUCGAGUUCAUCUCACUUGAGGAGUGGCACAAGGAGCUUCAGACUCUCUUCACGGAUCUUCUCGACGACGGUGGCAAAAUCUCACGAGAGUGCACAAAUGAAGACAGUGAGGCAGGCAUUGCAUACGCCAAGAUUAGGUCUGUCUACCCUUCCAAGACAAGGGAGAUGAUUGCCGAGAGCAGCCCUGAGCGAUUGGCCAAUGAGCCUGCAGUUGCCCGCGUUCUUGGCACUGUCAAGACGCUCAAAGCGACUACGGCCAAGGACCUAUAUGCUAGCAUGCAGCGCUAUGUCGACAGCAAGGAGAAGAAUCCGCACACCAAGAAGGAUGUACCCAUGGAGUUCUGGCCGCUGAUCAAAGUGGUCCGCAUCUACACCAAAGCCAAUGCUCUCUGCACUGGUGCCGUCGUCGUUGAUCUGCCUGGUGUUCAAGAUUCCAAUGCUGCUCGAGCCGCUGUUGCCCAAAACCACAUGAAGACCUGCACCGGUCUUUGGAUCGUCGCUCCCAUCAACCGUGCAGUCGACGAUAAGACGGCCAAGUCCCUUCUCGGCGACUCUUUCAAGCGCCAGCUCAAGUACGACGGUAUUUAUUCCGCUGUCACAUUUAUCUGCUCCAAGACAGAUGACAUCUCAGUGACUGAGGCUGCUGAGAGUCUUGGCAUUGACUCCGAAAUAUCCGAAUCCUGGGCCAAGAUCGAAGCCUUUCGAUGCAAGCUUCAAGGCCUUAAGAAGGCGCUCAGCAACGCUAGGGACGAGAAGUCAGAUCUCAUUGACUGUCUUGAGCAGGCUGACAGCGACUGGGACAAGUGGGACGAACUCGCGGCCAAGUUUACAGAGGGCGAGACCGUUUUUGCUCCUUCCGAAAAGAGCAAGAAACGCAAGCGCGGAUCCUCCACGUUCAAGAGUCGCAAGCACUGCAGAUCGUCUGAAUCUGACGAGAGCUCGGACGAUUCGGAUCUCAACUCGGACAGUGAUAAGGAAAACAACCCCGACAGCGAGAAUCGACAGCCGUUAACCGAGGAUAAGAUCCAGGAGAAGUUGACUGACCUCAAGAAUCUGAGGAAGGAGAUCCGCCAGAACCGCAAGGAGGUAGAUGCAAAGCUUUCAGACAUUCGACAGGAGAUAAAGAAGGUUCAGUCGGAGGAGGAGCACUUGCUAGGCAAGGUCAAGUCUGUUUGCAUUCAGGGUCGAAACGGAUAUUCGAAGGGUGCGAUUCAACGUGACUUUGCCAUGGGCAUCAAAGAGCUGGACCAAGAAGCUGCCAUUGAGGAAGACGAACAGACAUUCGAUCCCGACAAGGACAUCCGUAACUACGACGAAGUUGCCCGAAAUCUUCCGGUGUUCUGUGUCAGUAGUCGUGCUUACCAGAACAUGCGAGGCAGACUGCAAAAGGACGACUUUAACAACGACGGCUUCCGUGAUGUUGCUGAAACUGAGAUCCCCCAGCUUCAGCAGCAUGCGAAGAAGCUCACCGAGGGCGGUCGGGCUGCUCAUUGCCGUCGUUUUCUCAACGACUUGAGGCAGCUCCUUAACUCAAUGAAAAUGUGGGCUGCAAAUGACGGGUCUCGGUUUCAUUGGAACGACCGAGAUCGCUGGCAUGAAGAGACGAACCUAAGGGCUCAGUUAUCUACCCUGGAAAAGGACUUUGCCAAGGCGGUCGACGAGUGUGUCGCUGCCGUGGAGAAUGCACUGUCCGAGAGCAUCUAUGAUGUCUUCGACCAGACAAUCCCAGGUGCGUCAAAUGCUGCUGUCCCCACGGCGUCGGGCUGGGGAGCACAUCGCAACGACGGCGGUAUGUUCUGGGCCACUUAUAAGGCAACUUGCCGUCGGGCUGGUGUGUACACUGGCGCCUCUGGUCCUCGCGACUUCAACGCGGAGCUGUUUGAACCCAUCUCCCGGCAACUCGCUACUGGGUGGGAGCGGGCUUUCCAGCGUCGCCUUCCACAAGCUCUUGAAAGUUUCGCCAUGAGUGCUCGAUUGCUGCUGGAAAACUUUCAUCGGAGUGCUACCUCCCAAUCACAGGAGCGCGGCAGUAAUUACGCUGGUGUCAACAUGCUGAGCAACCAGCUGCGAACGCAUACAACUCGCUUGAAGGAGAUCCCCGCGAUGCUUCACACCGUCGUCCAAGAACUACAACGUGAAGCCAGUCGUGGGUUUCAUCCUGUCAUCCAGGAGGACAUGCAACCAGCGUACGAUAUUUGCGUCGCGGAAAACGGUCCUGGUUCCUACGCGCGCAUGAAGAGUCACAUGGUCAACCACGUUGAGGACUCACGCCACACCAUGUUGCGUCACUCCACCGACAGCGUCAAGGAGCAACUUCGAGCGUUGUGCAAGCGAGUCGAGGACGAGAUGGCCCAGCAAGUCCAGGACAUCUACAACCUGCUUGCGCGAGACUACCUGGCCGUCCUUGUGGGCAUCGAUAACAACGUCAAGCACACCAGCCUCUCUCGGGCCGAGCGUUUGCUUCGGGCUGAGAUGUGUCCCAUCCUGGAGAAGACGGACCAGUGGUUCGCCCGUUCCGACUCCACGGACGGCCCUCGGGCUAUGGGCACCUCCGACAACAUGGAUAAUCCUUUUGGCGAUGACGAUGAAGCUGGCUUGGGCAACCUUCUGGCUGCCCAACUUAGCGGAGGCGACAAAAUGGCUGCCAAGAGGGAAUCAUUUAAUUAG